GGUGGGCCGGCGCACGGCAGUCGGCGCCAAGAGUCUCGCGUGCGCUCUCGUACCGCGCCGUGACUGCGACCGCUCCGAGCGCGACUGUAAACUUAUUGUAACAAACAGUGCUUGCUGCGGGUCUGCUAGUGGAGUGUGUGAUGUGAGUGAGUGCCGCACGGCGCGACUGUGACAGGAUAGAUGUAUCGGUGUGGACAGAGCCAGCGCCCGCACCCCGCAACCCCCGCCGCCUCACCCCCUGCUGCCUAGGCGCUCACAAAUACGUUUUUUACAACGCGCUAAUAGCUUGGACAACAUCACGUUGAGCUCCUAGUUAACAUGCUCGCUGCGAACGCGAGCGCAACGAUCGUGCCGAGCGUGACGAGCGCAGCGUAUGCGGCGGCGAGAGCGGCGAGCGGAGCGGUGGCGGGGGACGCGACAUGAAUGCCACCGCGGAGGAGGAGAGCGGCUGCGCCUCCGACCUGGACGUGCAGCCGAUCGACACGCUGGUGCGCUUCGUGGUGCACGGCGUGCUGCUGAACGCCAUCGGCGCGGGCGGACUGCUCGGCAACGCGCUCUCCGUGCUCGUGCUUUCGCGGCCGCAGAUGCGCUCCUCCGUCAACUGCCUGUUGGUGGGGCUGGCGGCCUGCGACACCGUGCUCAUCCUUACCUCCGUGCUGCUGUUCGGUCUCACCGCCAUCUACCCGUACACCGGCCGUCUGCGCUACUACUAUUACCAUAUCAGUCCGCACAUAACGCCCUAUGCUUACCCGAUCGCGAACGCCGCUCAAACCAUGUCAGUGUAUCUAACUCUCAUCGUGACGAUAGAACGAUGGGUCGCCGUCUGCCACCCGUUCAGAGCAAAAGCGCUGUGCACAUCAUCACGUGCGCGCUGGUACGUGCUCGGCACGGCGGCCUUCGCCCUCAUUUAUAAUGCUCCAAAAUUUUUCGAGGCUGAGGUAUACCCUAGCAUCGAUGACGGAGAAAUAAUAUACUGUGUAAGGUCUGACAUUGACUUCCGCACCGCGUCAUACGUCGCCAUCUAUAUCCACUGGAUGUAUUUGAUCGUGAUGUACAUAGUGCCGUUCUCCGCGCUCGCAGUACUGAACGCGUGCAUCGUGCUGCAGGUGCGGCGCGCACAAGCAGAGCGUGCGCGACUGUCGCGCGUGCAGCGUCGGGAGAUCUCGCUCGCCACCAUGCUGCUCGUCGUCGUACUCGUGUUCUUCCUUUGUAACCUACUGCCUCUCGUUACGAACUCUUUCGAGGUAUUCUUUGAGAAUGCUCUGGCGGAUUUCGACCCACUCGUGAAGACCACAAAUCUGAUGGUCACGAUUAACAGUAGUGUUAACUUUGUUAUUUAUGUCAUUUUCGGAGAGAAAUUCCAACGGGUAUUUUUAAAAAUGUUUUGCGCCGGCAAGAUUCGUCGCCGGGACUCGCCGGAGCACACGCGUGACGAUUCAUUCGCCUCUUGCGGAGAGCGCGUUUCCCUGCGAAUGACGCGCAACGGAACGCUGAGGCGUUCGGAGGCGCGUGGAUCGCGCGGGGCGGCGGGGGGCGCGGGCAGCGGUCGGCCGCGGCGUGCCGCGUCCCCCGCCCCCACCGUGUACUACCCUGCGCCGCUCACAGACCUCACCUCGGCCUCUAUCACCUCGGACGCACCUCCGAACAGUACCCGCUGGAAUGGACAUUCUCGAGUACAAUUUUAGUGAAAUUUAAUAUAAGACAUUUGAAAAAGUGAGAUCAACUAACGAUUCAAUAUUUAAACAAUUAAUUUAUAUGAAUGUAAAAAUAGUGUAAACUUUCGGUUUAAGAUGAAUACCUACCUAAAUAGUAUAAAAUCAGUGCUGUGACAGUGUUUCUCGUAUUUCAGAUCCUAUAAAAAUUACUAUAAGAAUAUUCCAAAACGAAAUAACGCACGGUUUUGGCCGUGAGUGAUGUUUCUCAUUCAAUAAAAAAUGUUUAUCUGUA